UCGAUUGUUUGUUUGUUCCUUCCCAGGGCUUGAUCCCAUUUCUUGCCCGCGUUCAUAAAAAAAUUGAAUCUUUUGUCAUUCGAUUGCUCACUCAGCUCUCCGGACGCUCGCUAGUCUCGUCCCCUGAAGCUCCUCGGCAAAUGAGUUAUCACCCGGUUCCUCCCGAUCCAUACGGCCCGCCGCCUCCGCCCCCUCCGGGUCUCGAAGAGCCCUAUCCACCGCCACCUGGGUACCCGCCUCCGCCACCACCUCCGGGAUACCCGCCUCCGCCGCUGCCUUCUGGUGGGUACCAAGGAUACUUUGAUCCCCCACCUCCUCUGCCUCCACCGCCGCCGGCGCCUCCACAAGAGGAUGAGCGAGAUGAUUUCUACUGCGGCUGUACUAAUCUCAUUAAAGGAUGCUUGGCUGCAAUCUGUUGCUGCUGUGUACUGGAGGAGUGCUGCUUUUAGGCGAAAUUUGCCUAUCUUUCGCAGUUGAGACCACCUCUUUUAGAUUGAUUUCCUUAAAAUCUGGACUCGUUAGACUUUUCCGGGCUGUUGAUGGGGAGCGGCGAUAAAGGCCAAGAUCGGUUAGUGUAUUUUCAUCUACUGUCGAAGCAGCACAGCCAUCUGGGCAAGAAGAUGAUGUCCAGGGCUUGUUCAUGAGAGUAUAUCUUCCAAUAUUGAUCUGAACUGGCUUCAAUCUGCAGAAGAAAACAACAGAACCUGCAUUUUAGUCUCGUUUGUGAUUGCAUUGUGGGAUAGAAGAGUUUAUUGGAUGCUCAAAUAGAUUAACGCUCGGCUCUUAAAAA